UAUUAACUUUUAUAAAAAAAUUUUGCUCAAAUAAAACUGUUAUAUUUAUAUUUUAACUUGCAAGACUAUGGUGGACCCAUCAAUUAAAUCCAUCUACCAAUCACAGAUUAAUUAUGCCAUCAAUUUCACAUCAUAUUUACUAUCAUACACAAAAUUAAAUAAAACGUGCGGAAUCGUAUUCCUAACAUGGCAACGUCACAUUUGAAUACAAUACGGAGUUGGGUGAAAAAAAAAGGUUAACUCAAACAAUGAACGUAAGGUUGAACGUAUGAAGGUAUGAAGCAUAUCCACAAAUUUGGAACUCACGCCAUCCGGAUCAUAAAAAUAGGAACAUAGUUCACGAUGCGUGGAAAGAAAUAGAAAACAAAUUAAGUGUCAAAACUGAUGUAACAGAAAUAAAAAAUAAAAAGAUUCUCUUAUGGCUACUUAUAGGAAACUUUUAAACAAAGUUAAUAAAAGUAAGGGUACUGGAAGUGGUGCCAAAGACGUUAUUCAGCCCGACUGGUUCGCCUAUAAUGCAAUGUCAUUUCUGCAUGGGAUUUACGUUGCAAAAAAAACAAUUUCAACAGAGUUUGAAAAUUUGGAGGAUGACGACUACAUUAUUGAAAAUUGUCAGUUGCACGACACAACUGAAAUCUAUGAUCCUCAGACUCCGGAUUGCAAUUUUAAGAGCCCAUCUCCAUCAUCCAGUAAAGUCAGUAAAAAAAGAAAAUCAAAUGAUAAAGUGGAAGUGAUUUCAAAUUUGAUUUUAUUAAUUAUUUGUUUUUUUUUUUUAAAUAUUAUUUAAUUAAAAGGUAU